AUGAUGGAUAACAGACUGCCCGAAGCCUGCAAACACACAAAAACAGUAGGCCUUGAAGAGAUCCAUGCUGACACCCAGACCACUGAGACCAAAUCUGGACAGAUUUGCUCAACAGUGGUGAGGGAUUUAAGCCCUGGAUCAAGUGAAGGACCGACACGUAGAGAGCGCUUUAAAUCAGACUUGCAACAAGCCAGCCAAGAAAUCACAAUACUGGUUACCAAUCAUGAGUCACCAGAGAGAGAAAUGGAUGAAGUUGAGUGGAGUGGAGAAAGUGACACCAAUCCGGAGUGUAUGGUGCCAAGUGAGGAGGACAGUUUGGAUGUAUCCAUGGUGGUGGCAGACUUGAUAGAGCUCAGCCAAAUGCAACAUACCUGUUUGAUCAGCAAUAGUUCAGAAGAGCAAAGUGCCAGUUCAGGGAGGAAUAACUUAUCCAAGACGGAUGCAGAUGGAUGUGGAGAAAGCCAUAAAGAAGAAACAAAACCUAAAAGUCAACAGGAGAUGACAGACUCUGAAGCCAACAAAUCCCAAUCUGUAGAGGGAGUCAUUUCAUCUGACUCAGAGGAUCCUAAGAGGUCAGACAAGACAGACAGCAAUGUGGCACUGAAGCAAGCGAAAUCCUUUGAGAAGAGAGACUCAAAUGGGGAUCUAUUACCCAGGCAACAACAGCACAUACAGACACAGGUCAGCCUGGAGGUUGUAUGUCACUCAGCAGCCACCAGCCCUAUGACCCCUCCUGAAGGUUCCACUGCUUUCUCCUUUCCCUACUGUCUUAACAAACUGGGAAAAAGUGAAGGAAAUGAGUCGGUUCCAGUGCAAACAAAGGAUGCUGAGCUCCAGGUUGGUAUGCAAGCGGAGUAUCGAUCAGUUGCCACAGCUCCCAUGACACCCAUAACAACAAAUGCACCUGAAUUACCAGUAGAGACUCGCUCAGUUGCCACAGCUCCCAUGACGCCUGUGGCAACAAAUGCACCAAAGCUACUGGUAGAAACUCGAUCAAUUGCCACAGCUCCCAUGACACCAGUUACAACAAUCGCACCUGAACUGCAGGUAGAGACUCGUUCAGUUGCCACAGCUCCAAUGACACCUAUUGCAACAGCAGCACCUGAACUACAGGUAGAGACCCGCUCAGUUGCCACAGCUCCCAUGACACCUAUUGCAAUAACUGCACCUGAACUACUGGUAGAGACUCGAACAGUUGCUACCAAUCCCAUGACACCCAUAGCAACGACUGCACCUGAACUACAGGUAGAAACUCGAACAGUUGCUACAGCUCCUAUGACACCCAUUACAACAGUUGCACCAGGACUACAGGUUGAGACUUGCUCAGUUGCCACAGCUCCCAUGACACCAAUAGCAACAACUGCACCUGAGCUCCAGGUAGAGACUCGUUCAGUUGCCAUAGCUCCCAUGACACCUAUAGCAACAGUUGCACCAGGGCUACAGGUAGGGACUCGAUCAGUUGCCACAGCUCCCAUGACACCAAUAGCAACAACUGCACCUGAGCUCCAGGUAGAGACUCGCUCAGUUGCCACAGCUCCCAUGACACCAAUAACAACAAGUGCACCAAAGCUACUGAUACAAACUUGUUCAGUUGCCACAGCUCCAAUGACCCCUGUUUCAACCAUUGCACCUGAACUACAGAUUGAGACUCGUUCAGUUGCCACAGCUCCCAUGACACCUAUUGCAAGAAAUGCACCAGGACUACAUGUAGAGACUCAUUCUGUCGCCACAGCUCCCAUGACCCCCAUAGCAACAAGGGCACCUGAGCUACAAGUAGAAACUCGUUCAAUUGCUACAGCACCCAUGACCCCCAUAGCAACAAGGGCACCUGAGCUACGAAUAGAAACUCGUUCAAUUUCCACAGCUCCCAUGACACCCAUAGCAACAAGGGCACCUGAGCUACGAGUAGAAACUCGUUCAAUUUCCACAGCUCCCAUGACACCCAUAGCAACAAGGGCACCUGAGCUACGAGUAGAAACUCGUUCAAUUGCCACAGCUCCCAUGACACCCAUAACAACAAGGGCACCCGAACUACGAGUAGAAACUCGUUCAAUUGCCACAGCUCCCAUGACACCCAUCACAACAAGGGCACUUGAGCUACGCAAAGAAACUCAUUCAAUUACCACAGCUCCCAUGAGUCCAAUCAUCUUAAGCUCACCUGAGCUGAUCCCAGAGCCAGAACCAAGAGCCAUGUCAGGUUCAGAGGAACCACCUGAGCCCGUACAGGAAGUGUGCUGGGAUGAAAAAGGCAUGACAUGGGAAGUCUAUGGUGCUGUGGUUGAAGUAUCUGUCCUGGGCUCAGCUAUCCAGAAGCACCUGGAGAAACAGGUUCUGAAAAAGCAAAUGAAACCACUUGAUGCUGCAUCCAAUCAAACUUUACCUCCAAACACCACAGACACCUCCAGCCCCCUCCCUUCCAGCCCACCUGCAUUGUCAGCAUCGAGUCGGUGCAGCUCAGCAAAAGGUAGCAAGAAAAAGGAUGAGAGGAAAGGAACAAGAGGCAGACGUUCAUUCUUCAGGAACUUCAGAAGGCCGAACUGCUGCUCCCGGGUGCACUCCGAGUAG